AUGACAUGGGGUCACCGACGUCUUCAGGACACGUUUGGCACGUGUGGUAUACCAAAGAUCGGGUGGCAGAUCGACCCCUUUGGUCACAGUCGAGAACAGGCGUCCCUUUUCGCACAGAUAGGCUUUGAUGGUCUGUUUCUACAGCGUCUGGAUUAUGACGACCAGAAUAAGAGAAAGGCUGAGAAGAGGAUGGAGUUGAUAUGGCAGGGAAGUGAUGACUUGGGAAGUGCUGCCGAUAUGUUCACACACGCCAUGGAAAUGGGUUACGGUCCACCCCGAGGAUUAAAUUGGGAUAUAACAGGUAAUACGUUCAAUCAGGGUGGGGAUGAGCCUUUCAUAGAUGAUCCGGAAUCAGAAGAUUAUAAUGUCGACCGACUCGUUGAUAACUUCAUAAGCUAUGCCAAAGAGUACUCUAAUUAUUAUGCCACAAAUAAUAUACUGUUCCCAAUGGGCACUGACUUUUAUUUCCAGUCAGCAGAACCCUGGUAUAUAAAUAUGGAUAAACUUAUCAAAUAUGUGAACGAAAGGAAAGCCAAGGGGUCCAACAUUAACGCAUUUUACUCCACUCCUACCUGUUAUAUGCAUGGCAUACAUCUCUCUAACCAUACCUUUACCACUAAAAAGGACGACUUCUUCCCGUAUGCCUCCAACAACCACUCCUAUUGGACGGGAUAUUUCACGAGUAGACCCGCUUUGAAACGAUAUGAAAAAGUCGGCAAUAAUUUCCUUCAGACGUGCAAACAAUUGGAUGUCUUAACUCAGGGAAAUGGUAAGAAUGAGGCGCUGGUGACCCCCUUAAGGGAAUGGAUGGGUGUUAUGCAACAUCACGACGCCGUCUCCGGUACUGAGAAACAACACGUCGCCGAUAAUUAUGCGCUGAAAUUGUCUAAGAGUAUAGAAAAAUGCAAAACAGUUGUCAAUCAAUCGCUAAAUUCAUUGAUUUCGAAAUCCGAUCCCAAAUUAAAUCAAUUAUUUUGUAACGCCUUGAAUGUGAGCGCCUGUGCUGUCACUGAAGGCACCGACAAUUUGGCGGUUACUAUAUAUAACCCUUUCGGACAUAAUGUCAAUUCAGUCAUCAGACUACCGGUCACUUCUAAAGCCUACAAAGUUUUGGAUCCGAAGGGAACUGCAGUCAAAUCAGAUAUCGUUCCCAUUCCUACCUCUGUCCUUAAUCUCAAGGAAAGAGUUAGUAAAGCAAAGGAUGAACUGGUAUUUAAUGCAUAUAUCCCGGCGCUUGGAUUUGCAACUUAUCUGUUGAAAGCAAGCGGACCACAGAAUGGCGUAAAUGAGGCGAAAGUGACUCAAAUAACGGAAGCCUUUGGUAUAAAAUCUAAAUCUAUGAACAUUUUAUUCGACAAAACGGGUGCUUUGAAUGCAAUUCAGUUGAAGGACGGAAAGGUUGUUGACUUCAAGCAGAACUUUGAGUACUAUAAGGCUCACGACGACCACUCAGGAGCUGACCAUCAAGCAUCUGGAGCUUAUAUAUUCAGAUCAGAUGGUGACACACCUGAAAUCUAUAAGAAUGGACUUCAAUCAGAAUUAGUGGAGACAUCAAAUGGCAGAGAAAUUCAUCAAACAGUCAAUGAAUACAUAUCACAAGUCAUCAGAAUUUCCGAAAAUAGUGAUGUCAUUGAAAUGGACUUCACUGUCGGACCCAUUCCUGUGGACGACAAGAUUGGCAAAGAAAUCAUCUCUCGAUGGGAGACAAACCUCACCACAAAUGGACUUUUCUAUACAGACGCUAAUGGAAGACAAUUACUUGAACGCAAACGUGACUACCGGCCCACUUGGCAGCUAAUUGUUAACGAGAAAAUCGCCGGAAACUACUAUCCCGUCAACAGUCGUAUUGCUAUCAAAGAUGUCAAACAAGACAUUCAAAUGACUGUUUUGAACGACAGAUCACAGGGAGGAUCGAGUAUUAAAGACGGAAGCGUUGAGCUAAUGGUCCACAGAAGAGACCUCUACGACGACCACUUCGGUGUCGCAGAAGCACUGAGUGAACCGGGAUUUGAUGGAAAGGGUCUCCAAAUUAGAGGCAAAUUUUGGAUUCACUUCACGAGUAUAGCCGAAGCGGCCGAAGCACACAGAGAGACGGCAUUUGAUAUCCUUAUGGAGCCGUCCCUUACUUUUGCCAAAUAUAGC